CUAAAUCCACCAUGCUUCGUUUCCUGGUUCUGUCAGCAUUAGUCCUGCUGUCCUCAGCACAGUCGACGAGAGAGUGUCCUGACAAUGAUUACGGGCCGAGUCAGUGUACAUGCACCAUCACAGCUCUGGCAGGCAUCGACCACAGAAUAAUCGACUGCCAGGGAAAAAGCCUCGACUCCGUACCCACAGGCAUCCCUGCCGACACGUUUUCCCUUGAUCUCAGCAACAAUGCCAUCACUGAAAUCCCCGCGGGCACCUUCCAAACCCUGAACUCACUGGAACAGCUGCUGUUGUCAGGGAACCAGAUCGCUGCCAUACCAGACGGAACCUUCCUGGGCUUGGAUGAUGUCAAGGUUUUGAAGCUGAGCGAAAACAGGUUGACAACACUGACCUCUGAGAUGUUCUCAAGUCUGCUUUCACUGGAGCAGCUUGACCUUGAGGAUAACCAGAUCGCGACCGUCUCAGGGUCUCCAUUCAACGGCCUGGCACGUUUGAGGGAGCUGAGGUUGAACAUUAACCGCAUUGUGAAUCUGCCGACCACGGUGUUCCAGGGCUUGGAAAGCCUUCAGAAGCUGUACCUGCAGGAUAACUUCAUCACCAGUGUCCCAACACAGGCCAUCCGCAGCCUGGACACCCUCAUCGAACUCUAUCUCGAGAACAACGACAUCUUGAACGUCCGCAACGACAGCUUCGUGGGACUGACCUCCGUCCUCAAUAUCUCCCUGAGCGGACAGCCUAACCUGGUGGAAGUGGAGGCCUUUGCCCUGCGGGGGGUCAACAGGAAUCUGGAACGGCUGGAGAUCAAGGACUGUCCCAAGCUCACCAUUCUGCAUGAGGAAACCUUCCAGGAAUUCACACAAUUACAGCGUCUUGUCUUGUCCAACAACAACAUCUCCCGUCUGCCCGAGGCUGCUCUGAAGGACCUGAACCGCCAGGCACUGGUCACCCUGUCAGGUAACCCGUGGAUCUGCGACUGUCGCCUGUCGUGGCUGCGGGACUGGAUGGAUGAACCCGUCAUGAACCCCGGCCUCCUGGACGUCAGCAACGUGAGGUGUGCCGCGCCCCCGAAGCUGCAGGACCAGCAGCUGGAUGUCGUCGACCGUUUCGACUUGGACGACGAGGAUGUGUGCAACCUGCUGAACCCAGCAGGCCAGAUCGGCGCGGGACCUGUGCUGGUCGCUUCGCUGUUUUCUCUGUUCUGUGCUCUUGCUUUGUCAUUCACUGUGUGAUACUGCUGUGCAGCUAACUAUACCAGCUUCACUCUCUGUAUUUCUGUUUUGUUUUCCUGUCAGAAAAUCAAGUACAUGUACAAUGUAAUUAUGAACUACAAGUGCAACUAGAGGUAGCUUAUCAUCGUCAAUAGUAGUACAUUAAUUUGUACAUGUACAGUGUGUGCCAAUGACAGCAUGGUUCUGAUUGUGUAAUCCAGAAUGUGAAAUUCAAGAGAGCUGCUUCCUGAUCAAAUUUUAAACUGAUGUUUCUAAUGUUUAUUAUAUACAGAAGGUCUAAAACUGUCAGCAUUGUCAACUUGAUGCAGUGGAGUCUGUAUGAGUAUGGAAUGUGUAGUAAAACUUAAACUUACUUGGCCAGUUGCUAAUGCUGUGACUUAUGCCAGUUUCAAGAGUUUUCAAGAGCUGAAGCUAGUUGCUAGUUGUUUUUUAGGGCUUUUAAGAAAGAAAUGUUAGUGUUUGGCCAGCAGUUUUAUGCUAUGUUGCUAUGUUUCACAGUCUCCACUGAAUAUGUAUGUUUAGAGAGUAGUUAAUGAACUUGAUCUAAAUAUUUUCAAAUCAUUCCAUGACAUUCUCAACUCUUCUUACUAUUACUGUACAUUGUGCUUAGAUGUUUGGUAUGGUUUGUAUAACUUAAACUGCUCAUUGCUACCUUUGUCUUAAUGUUCUUAGUUUUACACUUUCAGCUUUAUUUGAAAAAAAAAUCUGUUCUACCACGCAUUGAAAUUGAAGAUCCCAGAAGCUAAAGCACACUUAUUCAGCUUGUCGAUCACAGAGUGCUGUUGCAGAAAUUGUUUUACAAGUUUUCUUGAUGGCAAAUAAAAGCUCAGUGUGAACUUA